AUGACCAUCACAGUGAUUCUAAAAACAAGAUUUCAGCAUCCCCGCAGGCUAUCACUUAAGAUCCUCUUGCUAACUUGUGCAACAGAAGAGCUUGAGGCAGAGAAGGUCCGCUACCUGGGGGAGAAACUUCCACCGCUGCAGCUCAUUGGUUCAAACAUGAAUGACCUGCAGAAAAUCUGUGAGCAGAUUCAUGAAAAGAUUGAAAAGGUGGAUGAGGAGCGGUACAACUGUGAAGCCAAAGUCGUCAAGAACUACAGAGAUAUCGACGAAUUGAAGCUAAAGAUUCAGGACCUCGAAGGGAAGUUCAAGAAGCCAGCUCUGAGGAAGGUGAGAGUGUCAGCAGAUGAGAUGCUGAAAGCUCUGUUUGGAUCCAAAACCAAGGGCUCCAUGGACCUAAGGUCAAACCUUAAGUCUGUAAAGAAAGAGGACAUCAAACAAGAGAAGGAGCUGACCAUGGAGGUGGGUGACUUGCAUAAGAACGUGGAGGCCAUGUCUGGUAUAGAAGGCAGGAAGAAGAUGUUUAAUACAUGA